GGCGAGCGGCGGCGGCGGCGGCGGCGGCAGCGCGGGCAGCGGGGGCGCCUGCGCCGGGGCGACCGCGGGGCGCCGGCGGGAGCCAGCAGUGUCUGCAGCGGCGCCGGCCACCCGCGCCCCGGCGCGCUCCGGCUCGGCCAUGGAGCUGCCAGCUGUUGGCGAGCACGUCUUCGCGGUGGAGAGCAUCGAGAAGAAGCGGAUCCGCAAGGGCAGAGUGGAGUAUCUGGUGAAAUGGAGAGGCUGGUCCCCCAAAUACAACACGUGGGAGCCCGAGGAGAACAUCCUGGACCCCCGGCUGCUGAUCGCCUUCCAGAACAGGGAGCGGCAGGAGCAGCUGAUGGGAUAUCGUAAGAGAGGCCCGAAGCCUAAGCCGCUGGUGGUGCAGGUGCCCACCUUUGCCAGGCGCUCCAAUGUGCUGAGCGGACUCCAGGACUCCUCCACGGACAGCCGCAGCGCCAAGCUGGACCUGGGCGCCCAGGGCAAGGGCCAGGGGCACCAGUACGAGCUCAACAGCAAGAAGCACCACCAGUACCAGCCGCACAGCAAGGAGCGGGCGGGCAAGCCCCCGCCGCCGGGCAAGGGCAGCAAGUACUACUACCAGCUCAACAGCAAGAAGCACCACCCCUACCAGCCCGACCCCAAGAUGUACGACCUGCAGUACCAGGGCGGCCACAAGGAGGCGCCCAGCCCCACCUGCCCGGACCUGGGGGCCAAGAGCCACGCGCCAGACAAGUGGGCCCACGGGGCGGGGGCCAAGGGCUACCUGGGAGCCGUGAAGCCUGUGGCGGGCGCCGCCGGGGCUCCGGGCAAGGGCGCUGAGAAGGCCCCCCCCAACGGCAUGACGCCAGCCCCCAAGGAGGCGGUGACGGGCAACGGGAUCGGAGGCAAGAUGAAGAUCGUCAAGAACAAGAACAAGAACGGACGCAUCGUGAUCGUGAUGAGCAAGUACAUGGAGAACGGCAUGCAGGCCGUGAAGAUCAAGUCGGGGGAGGCGGCGGAGGGCGAGGCGCGCGCCCCCGGCCACAAGAAGCGCGCCUCCGAGGAGCGCCACCCGCCCCCGGACAGGACUUUCAAAAAGGCGGCGGCGGCGGGCGCCGAGGAGAAGAAGGUGCAAGCUCCCUUUAAGAGGAGGGAGGAGGAGGCCCCGGGCGCCGGCGACCCGCAGCCGCAGGACUCCGGGUCCCGCAAGCUCUCCCCGACCAAGGAGGCCUUUGGCGAGCAGCCGCUGCAGCUCACCACCAAGCCGGACCUGCUGGCCUGGGACUCCGCCCGGAGCGCGCCCUCCCACCACCACCACCACCAUCACCACCACCACCACCACCACGCGGUGGGCCUCAACCUCUCCCACGCGCGCAAGCGCUGCCUCUCCGAGACCCACGGCGAGCGCGAGCCCUGCAAGAAGCGGCUGACGGCGCGCAGCGUCAGCACCCCCACCUGCCUGGGCGGCAGCCCGGCUGCCGAGCGCCCCGCCGACGCGCCCCCGGCCGCGCUCCCGCAGCCCGAGGUCAUCCUGCUGGACUCGGACCUGGACGAGCCCAUAGACUUGCGCUGCGUCAAGGCGCGCGGCGAGGCCGGGGCGCUGCCCGGCGGCCUCCGAGUGAAGCCCGAGGCGCCUGCGGCCGCGGCGGUGACGGCUGUGCCGGGGACGGCGGCCGAGAAGCCCCCGGCCGAGGCCCAGGACGAGCCCGAGGAGCCGCUGAGCGAGUUCAAGCCCUUCUUCGGGAAUAUAAUUAUCACCGAUGUCACCGCGAACUGCCUCACCGUCACUUUCAAGGAGUAUGUGACGGUGUAGCGGAAGGGGCAGCUCCGACGGCUGCACCGGCUCAGCGCCGGGGGCGGCGACUCCUCUCUCCACUUCCCGGGUAGCCAGGCCGGCCCCCAGCUCCAGGGACGCCCAAAGCCGCAGCAGCGCGCCCCUCUGUAUCCAGCUGGGGGGUCCUGGCUGGGACGCGGGGCGCCCGGCCGGCUGCCUCCCUGGGAACUGGCGCUGUGCGCUCGCGCGCGGAGCCUGCGGGUCUGGCCCCCUCCCCGCGGACCGCCGGCCCCCCCGGCCCCGCGGCAGCCAGCCGGGCCUCGGAGGCAUAGUAUUAUAUUUUAACCUGCUAAUGUGUCCAGUGCAGACUCCACUCCCGUUUGUACGUGGUGUUAUUAUGGAAAUGUAUUGUUUGAGCUCCGAAGGCCCGGCCACCCCGUGGGGCUGAUAUAUCUAUAUUUAUUUGUAGGUAUUUAUAUAUUGAAUAUGAAAGCCUAGAUUUAUGGAGUGCUCUAGAUCAUGGCAUAUUCCCCAUCACAGAGACCAGCUUCUGUCGGCCCCUCUCCCGUGCUCAGUACCCCAGUUGCGCUCAUGUCCUCCCCUUCCAGGAACUGCCAUAGCGGUGACCUUGGUAUAUAUUUUUUGAUACCGUA